CAGACAAAGAAGCAACGUUUGUCCUCUGCGCAGCCGCAGAUCGACAAGGGAAAUGACAACACCGGGCGAAACAAGUUAACUUGGUGUCAUCAGGGAUGCUUCUUCUUCUUCUCCUCCUCCACCGGCAUCUCCUCCUCCAGACGUCCCUUCCUCCCCCCUCGUUCCACCCGUCUCCCCCCCUUCAUCCUUGACUCCUCCUCCUCCUCACCAUCAAGCAGUAAAGGAUUUUGGAGCAGGAGCCAUGGUGGACGUCAGUAAAUGGCCUCUGUUCUCGCUGCUGAGCAGCGAGGAUCGGGCGUCGGUUCGGCAGGCCUGCGUGUUCGGAACCUCUGCAAACGAGGCCGUUUACGUUUCCCAUGGAAACGAGGUGUUUGCGUUUGGGUUGAACUCCAACGGCUGCCUCGGCACCGGCGACUAUUGCAGCACUAUUGUACCAAAGAAACUGAACUUCCUGCAAGGAAAGAAGGUCGUCAGCCUGAGUUACGGCAGCGGUCCCCACGUCCUGCUGGCUGCUGAAAAUGGUCAGCUGUUUGCGUGGGGGCACAACGGCUACAGCCAGCUGGGCAACGGGACGACAAACCAGGAACUGUCUCCCGUUCUGAUCAGCGGUCACCUGCAGGACAAGAAGGUCACAAAGGUGGCGUGCGGCUCCCAUCACUCCAUGGCGCUCAUGGAGGACGGAGAGGUGUUUGCCUGGGGUUACAACAACUGCGGCCAGGUUGGUUCAGGAUCCACCGCCAACCAGCCGUAUCCAAGGAGAAUCACCGGCGGCCUGCAGGGAAAGCUGGCCGUGGACAUCACGUGUGGUCAGACCUCCUCCAUGGCUCUGGUUAACAGCGGAGAGGUUUACGCGUGGGGAUACAACGGAAACGGACAGCUCGGCAUCGGGAACAACGGAAACCAGCCGUCUCCGAGCCGACUCGCUGCUUUCCAAGGGUUGUGCGUUCAGCGGAUUGUAGCAGGAUAUGGACACUGCCUGGCACUGACAGAUGAAGGGGCGCUUUACGCCUGGGGGGCAAACACCUUCGGUCAACUGGGAACGGGCAACAAGAGCAACCAUCUGAGUCCUGUGCGGAUCAUGGCUGACAAAGAGAGGGUUGUGGAGGUCGCAGCGUGCCACUCCACGCACAUUUCAGCGGCGAAGACCCGAACCGGCGAGGUCUACAUGUGGGGUCAGUGUCGCGGCCAGUGCAUAGCCUUACCCCACCGCACCCACUUCAGCAGCACCGACGACGUCUUCGCCUGCUUCGCCACGCCCGCCGUCACGUGGCGCCUGCUGUCCACGGAAAACGACGACUUCGUGUCGGUCACAGAGGCGCUGAGGAAGGAGUUCGACAGUCCGGAAACGGCCGACUUGAAGUUCAUGGUUGGAGGGAAAUUCAUCCACGUUCACAAGGCGCUGCUGAAGAUCAGGUGCGAGCAUUUCCGCUCCAUGUUUCGCUCCCACUGGACGGAGGACCAGCAGGACGUGAUUGAAAUCAGCCAGUUCUCCUACCCCGUCUACAAAUCCUUCCUGCAGUUCCUGUACACAGACGCCGUGGACCUCCCAGCUGAAGACGCCAUCGGCUUGUUGGAUCUGGCCACCUCGUACUGUGAGAACCGCCUCAGGCGCCUGUGCCAGCAGAUCAUCAAGAGGGGAAUCACCGUGGAGAACGCCUUCACGCUUCUGUCUGCCGCCAUUCGAUACGACGCAGAGGACCUUGAAGAGUUCUGCUUCAGGUUCUGUCUGAACCAUCUCACUGAGGUGACUCAGACCACGGCGUUCUGGCACGUGGAUGGAGCGAUGCUCAAGGAGUUCGUCACCAAAGCCAGCCGCUGCGGCGCCUUUAAGAACUGAACGCCACCGAUAAAUGCUUAUUUAGACACUCGUUUUGCAGGUGAUCGGUUUAAGACAACCUGUUGUUUGUUUUACUUUCUAGGACUGAAUCAUUCUGCACAUUUGAAGCUGCUUUCUUUAUGGACGCCCUAUUGGCAAUUUGCUAAAAAACCUGUGGACUUUUACUACUACAAACUCCUGCGUUUAUAGUCACAAGUUAUCUUUUUUUUUAUCUUUUCAUUUGCUGCUACAGCGGGACUCAGGAGCUACGUCUUACUUUAGAAAAUGAAAGCAUCUUAUUUGUGUCUUUCUGCUUUGAAACAUGUUUAUUUUCCAUCUUUUUCACAUUCCAGAGCCUCUUAAUUUACUGUAUUGCUGAGUUUUAGGGGACCAAAUCGAUAAAAGUUUGAAGUUUUUUUGUUUACAGGGAAGUAAAAUUAGUUUAAGCGGAUCAGAAUCCGUGUUCAUCCAUGCAUCUUGGGAUCUUCGCUCACUAAUCCCUCCGCAUUUAGGGAUGUCUUUGGUAAAUAUACAGUUAAAAAUGGAGUAAAGCAAACUACACAGCUGGGUAAAAAUCUGUUGCACACAAAUCUUGGAAAGACUUGCUUCAUUACAGCUGUAAGACCUUAAAAAUGUAACAUAUUGUUUAUUUAUUUUAUCCCUAAUAAGUUUGCAAUCUAUGUUUUGUCAGCUGUUAACUGUGAAUUUUGCUAAUCCAGUGAAAAAUAAGGGACUAACUCUGAAGAAGCACAAAUUCAAAGCAUCCUUUGUUGGUUGGGUCACAUUUUAAAUGAUUUCUUGGAAGUCAUAUAAUUAUUUUAUUAUUUUAUUGGAGAUGAGAUCAGUUUUGUUUUUCUCUUAGGUUUCAUUUUCUCAGAUGUUGGAUAAACUCUUUGUAUGUUUUUUUUAAUGUUAUUAUUCAUUACCAGACACUCAAAA